CGCGCCGCGAGCGGUCCACUGAUUUAGACGUCACUGGGGAAAAUGGCGGCGCGCUUUGUGCUGGGACGUGUUUCUGCAAACUUAACCUAUGCACUGCCCCGAGUUUUGCAUACAAAUGUUUUGUCUCCUGCGCGACUGUCGGCAAGAACAUGUUUAAAACGAGAUCUGUCACUGACUCCUCGGUUUUGUUCAGCCCUGAAGUACACAGACAAACACGAGUGGGUGCGAGUGGAAGAUGGCAUAGGCACUGUGGGCAUCAGUAACUUUGCUCAGGAAGCUCUGGGUGAUGUGGUCUACUGUGGUCUCCCAGAUGUUGGCACAAACCUUUCCCAGUCAGAUGAGUUUGGCGCUCUGGAGAGCGUGAAGGCAGCGAGCGAGCUGUAUUCUCCUUUAACAGGGGAGGUGACCGAGGUUAACCACGCUCUUGCUGACAAUCCUGGACUGGUCAAUAAGUCUUGCUACAAAGACGGCUGGCUGAUAAAAAUGACAGUAUCAGUACCAGAAGAACUGGAUGCUCUAAUGGAUGAAGCAGCGUAUAACAGAUACAUCAAAUCUAUAGAGGACUAGUAAUGACCCAGAACCCACCCGACGUGCACGGAUUUGACACGUUCAUGUUCUCCUGUCGGCGAAAAACGAAAGACAAUAUGGUCGACUGUGGACUGCGUACUUCUUUUAUUUACUGAUUCGUCUGAUUAAAGCCCAUUGCUUUUAGUUUAGAUAUAAAACUAUAAUACCAACCAAAAUACCCAGCUGUUUGAUCUUGAUAACGAAUCAUUCAGUGUGUUCUCGCUGCAUUCCAGCUUAAAGCUAGUAAUGUGAUAACGGUUCAGUCUGUAUACAGAGGUGUAUGACAGAAUCUGCAUGCUGACUCGGUAUUCGUUUUGGUUUUGGUGACCAGUUUAUGAUCUGAUCCUUCCUUGUUUUUGUUUAGAGUCAGCAGCUGGUAGGUGAAGAUUACUAACACUUAUUAAAACACUACUGAUUUUCUGAAUCUUC